AUGCGGCUUUUGUUGCUUCUGGUCUCAUCGCUUGCCGUAGCGUACCUUGUCGUUCGGCGACUGCAAACCUGGUACCGCCUGCGGCACAUCCCAGGACCGCGAUGGUGCGGGUGGACUGAUAUUUGGAUCCUCUGGCGUGCAUGGACAGGAUCCUUGUACGAAGAUCUUGGUGACCUGUGCCAACAGCAUGGACCGCUUGUCCGGGUCGCGCCUAAUUAUGUUGUCUGCGGUAAUCCCGCCGAAGUGCGGCGGAUGUGGGGAGUUCGUUCAGAGUGGGACCGCUCGCCCUGGUACAAGGGUUUCCAGCUCGAUCCUCCGAGAGACUGCACGCUGUCCAUGCGCGAUAAUGCACUGCACACCGUUCUAAGAUCCAAGCUGGCUCCAGGCUACUCCGGCAAGGGAAUAGAAUCUCUGCCCGAAUCUGUAGACGCGCAAAUCGCUAAAUUCAUCCGCCUAAUCGAGACCAAGUACCUGUCCACAGACUCGGAGCUGCGCCCAGUCGAUAUUGCGCGGAAAGUCCAGUAUCUUACCCUUGAUGUGAUCUCGACCCUUGCAUUCGGGCGCACGUUUGGCUUCCUGGACAAAGAUGGGGACCUGUUCGAUUAUAUCAAGACCACGGAGGAGUCGCUGCCGCUCAUGCAGAUGAUUGCGCUGCUGCCGUGGCUCGUGAACGUGUUGCAGUCGCGUCUGUUCAAGGCAUUUCUACCGUCGCAUACGGAUGUUGUUGGCGUGGGGAAAGUUAUGGGCAUUGCCAAAGAAGUCGUCUCAGAGCGAUAUGGGGAUAGCAAAAUCACCAAGCCAGACAUGCUGGGUUCGUUUGUUGCCCAUGGCCUCAGCCAGAGGGAUGCUGAAGCGGAAUCCCUGGUCCAGAUCGUCGCCGGCUCCGACACCACCGCCACAACCCUCCGCAUCUCGCUCCUCUUGCUCACAACCUCACCCAGGACAUACGCAACUCUCGUCUCAGAAAUCGACACCGCCAUCUCCCGGGGCAGCAUUUCCUCACCAGUCACGGAGGCCGAAGCCCGCAGCCUCCCAUACCUGCAAGCAUGCAUCAAGGAGUGUUUCCGCUUCUGGCCCCCGAUCACAGGGAUUAUGCCGCGCAUAUGCCCGCAUGAGGCCGUGGUGUGUGGCGUGAAGGUCCCAGGGGGUACCAAUGUGGGAUGGAGUGCUAGAGCGGUGUUGAGGGACAAGGAGGUGUUUGGAAAGGAUGCGGAGGUCUUCUCGCCCGCCCGGUGGUUGGAGAGGGCGGAUUCCAAGGUGGGGAAUGGGGCCGGGGAAACGGAGCGGUUGGGUCGGAUGGAGAGGACUGUGGAGCUUGUGUUUGGGCAGGGGAAAUGGGGAUGUCUGGGGAAGCCGAUCUCGUUGUUGGAGAUCAACAAGUUAUUCCCCCGUUUCACCUUUCCCAUCCUAAACCCCCCCCACCCAAUGGAUCCCUUCAACUAUGGCGUUUGGAUCCAGUCAGGAUUGUUCAGGAAGAUAUCGCGGGGGGCCCAUAUCCAAAACCCGCCCGAGUAA